AGCAGUGACGUGUCGACAAAGUGUCAAACAGGAGGAUGUAAAAAUGAUCGAAAACUCACCAGAUACAUUUACUAACCUAUUUAAUAGUCGCCCGCAGCGGCACUCUGGAUAAUUUAACCACUUUGAAUUAGCUGUAGGUAUAGCUUUUAUAGACUAACCGUUCCUCUUCAGUUGAGCUGGGGAAAAUAGGUUUAACUCACUUUUGAACCCGCGACAUUGACCGUCGAGCUAACUUAGUUAGCGACAGUUGAGCUAACUACAAUCGGUAAAGUAUCCAGACUUAAACAGUAGCAUGGUGACCAGCUUAGUUAACUGUAACAUGUAAGUAAUGUAAAGCUGGCAGGGUAAACGUUAGAUAGCCACUUAGGUUAGUGUUUUCGUUCGUCUCACUUACUAAGCAUUCACCGCGGUAACCAGCCGGGUAGCUGGCAGGCAGCAGGACUGAUACCUAAAGGGAGGAGAAGAUGUCUCGGAGGCGGCUGGACAGUCGCAGCGGGCUCGCAGCGGGGCUGCUCGGCGAGUGUCAGACCCCAAUCAGCACGGAGCCGAUGGAAAGUGUAUAUGAAGUCACCGGAGAGCUUGGAAGGGGGAAGUUUGCUGUGGUUAAGCGCUUUGUGGAGAAGGCCACAGGGAAAGUGUUUGCUGCCAAGUUCCUCCGGAAGAGGAGGCGAGGUCGUGACUGCCGGGCAGAAGUCAUUCAUGAGAUGGCCGUCCUGGAGACGGCCCGCAACAACGCCCGAGUGGUCAACCUGCACGCUGCUUACGAGACAGAUCACGAUAUCGUCUUACUGCUGGAAUAUGCGGCCGGUGGAGAGAUAUUUGACCACUGUGUGUCUGAGGAGCUGCUGCCAGAGACCCAGAUCACUCGUCUGAUCAGGCAAACACUGGAGGGAGUCCACCACCUCCACCAGAGGAACCUGGUGCACUUAGACCUGAAGCCGCAGAAUAUUCUCCUGACCAGCCUGUCUCCUCCGGGAGACAUAAAGAUCGUAGACUUUGGCCUGGCACGCAGACUGGGUGCGGUCGGAGAGCUCAGAGAGAUUCUUGGCACACCUGAAUAUGUGGCUCCUGAGAUCCUGAAUUAUGAGCCCAUCACAACAGCCACUGACCUGUGGAGUGUGGGUGUUAUAACCUACAUGCUGGUGACGGGCGAGUCUCCGUUUGUCGGGGACGACAAGCAGGAGACGUAUUUAAACGUGUCCCAGGUCAACGUGGACUACAGCAGGGAGGCCUUCUCCAGGGUCUCUGAGCUGGCUGUGGACUUCAUCCGCAAGUUGCUGGUCAAAACACCAGAGGACCGGCCCAGUGCUGCGGAGUGUAUGAGUCACCCCUGGCUGUGGCAGCUCUGUCUGAGCCCCGAGCCCGCCACCACCCGCACCGUCCGAGAAAGGAGCUGCGGCACCAAGUGGGCGGCGCCGCCCGAGGACCCCGAAGACAAGGAGAACUUCCUGGAGUCGCCCCACUCUUACGCAAAAAAAUUCCGCUUUGACGAGGAAAGGCCCGCUGCUGGAGACGGUGACUUUUGAAAAAUGAAAACGAAAAAGGGAAGGAAUGAAAGUAUGUGGCAGGGGUGCCCACUUUCCCUUCUUGUGAGCUUUUUAAAUUAUUUUAAGCCUCCUGAAAACCAGCUGUCCGUCACCAUACAGAAGUACUUAGGUUUUGUUUAUAUUUCACUAAUUUGCAAAAUUCCAAGAUCGACCACUCAGACCAAAGAUAACCAGCUAAAUUCUGAGAUCUGAUCCAUCGCUGUUAAAAAGUGUGAAAACUGUACAGAAUGUCUCCAUUAAUGCUGUGUGUCUAACCUAAAGUAUUUAAUACCUUUCAUUGUAAUAAUCUCUGGUAUUUUCAGCCCAUUCUGGCUGUCGAGUGUUUAGCUGUUCAUGACUGAUGAAGGCUCGUGUGGAGUAUUUCUAUUGAGAUCUAUGCAACAUUUCUCUUGUGCAUUUUUAAAUCUAUUUUCUGCAUUAAGACGUUAAUAGCGCUUUGCCUUAAAGUCGGAUGUUAAGUGUUCUUAGUCACUGCAGCUUCACAAGAAAUGUGUGAUAUCCAGAUAAGCAUCUGUGCAAUGGGGAAGUGUGAUAAUGUCCUUAUUUGCAUGUUAAAGAGCAUUAGGGACAGCUGGACAGCAGCAUUAUGGGAAGCCUUUUGACUUUGGGUACAUGUCAGUCAAGUUCAUAAACAUGCUGCUGUCUGUGCCACAGCUCUUUCUCUGACUACCUGCAACACCGCCGUAUAUAAGCUGCGCUCGGACUUUAAAAACCACCAGCAGAGGGGCUGAAUUACACACGUGCCCAUCACAUUCCUUAUCUGUUUGGGUUUACAUUUAGCUCAGGGUUUAAGAUCAAACUCAUUUUUAAUAACUCCAAUCUUAGCAUAGUCCCCUUCCACAGUUAUUAAACUGUUUUACUGCUUCAACAAAAAGGCUUAACACGAGCAACACAUGAUGGUAUUCACGGCAUUCUUGUGUAUCCCGAGAUAGAAACUUAAAACUGUACCGGCUGACAGAAGCAGUGACUCAUGCAGCCGUUCACAUGCCACACCCGCACUUACUCAAAUGAUUUCCUCAGCCAGCUGUAAAGUUCCUCUUUGUUAGCUGGAACUAGAGAAACACGACUUUAGCACUUACUUCAUGAGCACACGUAUUGAGCUGAUAAGCAGGAAGUUGAGCUGUUUGUGAAAGUCUGCAUGUUUGCUUGUCCUUCAGAGGCUCACUGUGUUUCAGCCCCUCACCAAAGCCAUUCAGUGUCCUUCAUUAAAAGCUUCCAUAGUCCUGUCGGGUCACUGUGCCUGAAGUCAAAUAUAUUCCUGUUCCAUUCAUCUCAGGGCAUGCUGCUCUCUCUGCUCACUUUGUUUUCUAUUCUUAAUGUUAUUCUUAUAGGUUUAUUAUUAUUAUUAUUAUUAUUAUUAUUAUUAUUUAUGUGCUGGACUUAUACGUUAUAUUUGUAUGUAAAUAAUGUGCUCACGUGUCUUAUAAGGAAGAGUUGAUUAUGGCAGGAGAGGAUGAUUACGGUGUUAUUUAAAACAAGCUGUCGUGGUUCCAGUGUAAUGAAUAAUGAAAUGUGACUGCAGUGGUUGGCAAGAAGAAGAAGAAAGCGAGUGAUAGUUUUAGGUGGUACCUGGGAAGUAAAGCGAGAGAGGGGUCCGAUGGUUUCAGUCAGGAGGGAGGCGAUUGAAGACUGGACAUGUGGAGUUAGAAACGUGUGUUUACAGGAAGUUUUUUUUGUAAUAAAAAAAACUUCCUGUAAAUUGUGAGAGUGUAAAGAUAUGUAGGGAUGAGAAAGUGGGAAUGGUGAUUUCAGUGUAGUUUUAGAACGAGAUGGAUGAUACACAACCACUGUAUAAUGUGAAAUAUGAGGUGCUAUGGAUUCACAGGACUUGUCAUCUUUUGCUCACCUCUUCUAAAGUGCAGCGCUGCAACUCAGAUUGCUCUUAACCUCCAGUGAAACGUUCCUCCUCUUUAUGUCCCGGGGUGCCAAAGCGAAUAAGAGCACAGUGUGUUUUUGUUUGUUUGUUGUCACCAGCUGGUACAAUGGCCUUUGUGUGGGGAGAUGGGCGUCUCCAGCCACGGCCAUGCUCUCAUCUGUAUGCUGUCGUCUUACUAAAAACUGGAACACACCACACUGGAAAAGAUUUUCAUCUCCAAGAGUAAUUUAUUCUCACUGGAGGUAGCAGAUUCUACUUGAGCUUGUUGUAAAAAAUGUUCUCCAGACAGCUGGAAAGGAAUCUGUCUGAUGGUGUCAGGUGAUUAUGAGAGGCACGGCGUCUCUUUUGCUACUGUUUAAGGAAAUAAUCUUGAAUCUUACGUCAUCUCAAGUAUUUUCAGUCGGUCUACUCUGCUUUUAUCUAAUACCUCAAGUCGGUGUCGGAGUCUUGAAAAAAAUAAUAAUGUGACCUGGUACAGAAAGUUUCUCACGUCGAAAUUUCUCAAGCUCAGUUGUACAGAGACAAGAGAAGCUUUUUUUGUUCCUGUUGCAUCUGUAAAAACAACAUUGUAAGACUUGACGUGUGUGUAAUCUAGAGAAGACGGACUUGUUUUGCAGUGAUGUCAGGGAUCUCACUUUGCAGGAUGACGAAAUGCUCGCACAAAGUGGCUCGUGUUUGCUGGCUUUGUCAGUCUGCCACUCAAACACGACUUGUGUUGCGUGGUGUUGAUUUAGUUAUUUUACAGCAGCUAUUGUACUGUGCUAUCUCCAGCAGCUAGUCACAGGCCUCUGUGUUUGUGUGAGCGGGGAGGUGCUCGGCAGGCAAGUCAUCCUCAAGAAGUGGAGCACCCGUAACAUCAGGAGACGGUCACCCAACAUUCCUGUUUGUUCUGUGACCGCAGCGAGACUGAAGGACACUGGGUUACAGUCAAAACCAGCCACAAGCACAAAUACAUGUUCAAGAGAUGGGUUUAUUUUAUAUUUGUUUUUUAUGUAUGAGCAUUCUGAUUGCAUCUGAAAUUACAAAAACAAAAAAAAAAUACAUAAUCUAUUCUGAUCAACUGCAGGCUAAUAUGUAGGUACACAAAGCAAACUGAUAAAGCUCAUUAAAAGGUUGUAGAAAA